AUGGCCAGCUCGCCGGGAAACGCAACCAGCGCCCCUUGCAACCGCUGCAAGGACCCCGCCGCGCCUCAUACGCUGCGCAACUACCCGACCUGCCGAAACUGCUACGUCGACUAUGUCGAAGCCAAGGCGGGCAGGCGUCUCGGCGCCCUGGCCAGGGACACGAGGACCUCUGCCAGGCCCGCCCCCCGCAAGUAUCUGGCCGGCCUGUCCUUUGGGCCCUCGUCCACCGCCAUGACAAACGUUCUCGAUGGCAGCGCAAGGUUUCACUCGUCAAGAAAGUCUUCGCCUGCCUUUGAGCCUCUCGUCGUCCAUGUCGACACCAAUCUGUCUCACGCUGGCCCUGCACAGGACACGACUGCUCACAAACUCCUGGCAAGAUACCGUGAGCGGUUCCCCAACGUGACGUUUGAGUAUGUGCACUUGAGCCAAGCGCUACGCAUCAAGUCCAUGGAUUGGUCUUCGUUGCUACGAGCCGGGGACAGGGCCGACCACGACACUCACCGGUUGCGAGCAUUCCUCGACUCCUUGCCGUCGGCGACGUCCAGGGCAGACAUGUUGCGCCUUCUGGUCCGCAACCUGCUGCUGGACAUGGCGCUCGACAGGUCUUCCUCGGCUCUUCUCCUGGGGCACAGCACGACGGCACUCGCCUCGCUGACUCUCUCCGAGGUUGCAAACGGCAGGGGGUUCACCAUCCCGUGGCAAAUCAACGACGGCCCGUACAGGAUGCACGUCUACUAUCCACUACGCGAGAUCCUGAGAAACGAAAUCAUGCUGUAUCUAGACCUGGUACCGUCGUUGCGUGACCUCGUGCCCGCCGACGACGCCUCGUCCACCAGUGUCGUCUCGCACAAGGACUUGAGCAUCGACGAGGUCAUACGGAGGUACUUUGACGGCGUCGAAGGCCCGUACUCGGGCAUAGUGACCAACGUCGUGCGGACGACGGGCAAGCUAGACAGGGCCACGGGAUCGGACGGCUGUCCAAUGUGUGGCAUGGGUGUAGAUGAGCAAGGAGACUCGCGGUGGGCCGGAGAGCUCGGGGACGACGACGCGAAGCCGGGUAGCUGGACAAGGCUGUGCUACGGCUGCAAGCGGACCAUGGGUGGAUGA